UAAUAAUGAUUGUGUGUACGUAUAAGCUUACUCUAUCAUCUCAUCCUUCACUCGUUCACCACCUCUCCUUUGUUUUCCUUCCUCAAAAGCUCGCCGGAAACCACCACUCUCCCGGCGACGAAUCCCACUACUCCUACCACCACCACCACCAUUAUCCAUGUCCACUUCUUCAAUGUCCUCAAUUACCUUCCUCUCUCUCCCCAACCCAAAACUCACCUUUUCUUCAUUCAGGCCUCUCUCUUUCUCUUCCUCUUCUUCUCCUUCUUCUUCUUCUUCUUCUUCUUCUCUUUCUUGUUCUUCGUUUUCCAAACACUCCAAUGGACAGCGUAGCAACCAAAAGCUCUCCAUAUUCGCCUGCUCCACUUCGCCGUUUAUAGGCAGAGUCGGUUUACAGAGGCGACAAGGGAACGCGUCGAUGCUGUCGUUUGGGAUUAACCCAAACGAUUUAGCGCAUACUGGCAAGAACAGCAACACCGAUUCUUCUUCUUCUUCUUUGUCUCAUAUUCUCUCUGCAACGCUUCCUUUUGUGGUUGCUGCCACUGCGAUUGCUGCUCUUGCUCAGCCUGCCACUUUUACUUGGGUAUCUAAGGAGCUAUAUGCACCUGCUCUUGGUGGGAUCAUGUUGUCUAUUGGAAUUAGGCUUUCCAUUGAUGAUUUUGCUCUCGCAUUUAAAAGACCUUUGCCACUGUCUGUUGGGUUCAUUGCGCAGUAUGUGUUAAAGCCAGCACUCGGAGUAUUAAUUGCAGGGGCAUUCGGCAUGUCUCAGAUGUUCUAUGCAGGCUUUGUCCUCACAUCUUGUGUUGCAGGAGCUCAGCUGUCUAGCUACGCUAGUUUUUUAAGCAAAGGGGAUGUGGCCUUGAGCAUUCUCCUAACCAGCUCAACUACCAUUGCAUCAGUGCUUGUUACACCCCUACUAACUGGCCUUCUAAUUGGAUCUGUUGUUCCAGUUGAUGCUGUUGCUAUGUCAAAGUCAAUAUUGCAGGUUGUUCUUGUUCCAGUCACUCUUGGCCUUGUGCUUAAUACUUAUGCAAAACCGGUUGUGACUGUCCUUGAACCGGUGAUGCCAUUUGUUGCAAUGAUUUGCACUUCUUUGUGCAUCGGUAGCCCCCUUGCUAUAAAUCGGAACCAAAUUCUGUCUGCGGAGGGUCUCAGAUUGGUUUUACCGAUAUUUAUGUUUCAUGCUGUGGCCUUUACUGUAGGAUAUUGGGUCUCCAAAAUUCCAGUUUUUAGGCAAGAAGAAGAAGUUAGUAGGACAAUUUCAUUAUGCACAGGAAUGCAAAGCUCCACCCUGGCGGGGCUCCUUGCUACCCAGUUCCUCGGGAGCAGUCAGGCAGUUCCACCAGCUUGUUCAGUAGUUGCCAUGGCUAUUAUGGGCCUUUGUCUUGCUUCUUUCUGGGGCAGUGGCUAUCGAAUUAGAGACCUGCCAUCCCUACUAAUGCCAGAAAGUGGUUCUACUGUCAAGGCUUAGUUAAUGGUGCAAGAGGGGUGGAUCAUGGAACUAAUCUCAAGCAUACAAGUAUACUGGUGCUCACUUUUUGAAGAAUCACAGGUCAGGUAACGAAAUGAGAGUCUGUGGCAUUUUGUUUGAAACUUGUGUAGCAAUAUCAAAUACAGGAUUAGGAGCCAUACAUAUUGAUAGCGCAUAAUUGUAAAGUUAGAAGAGUUUCUUUUCCACGAACUGCAACUUAUAGUUUUUGCUGUAUAGCGAGAAAAAUAUAGUGGAUACAUGGUUGCAUUGCUUCAA